AUGGGAGAAAGACGUGAAAAAUUUAGAAGAGUAAAGUCGAUGCGAUGCGAUGAGCUCUCAUUAAGCGCGAUAGAACAAAGAAGAAGCCAACAAGAAGCUAAGAUGGCAGGGAAAGUUACGAAAACCGAACACAAGUCCUCAAAGCAGGAAUCUUCCAAAGGAGAGCUGAAGUCGCUCGCGGAGAAGAUUAAGAAGCGUGCCUUGGAAAAGAACCAAGAGGCGAGCGAGAAAGCGCCAGAAGGAUCGGAGGCGGAAGAAGAGGCAGAAGGAGUGCCAAACGAUUCAGAGCAAGAGACUGAGGCGGCCCACUUCGAGUCAUUUUCAGAGCUGAACCUUGUACCGGAACUCAUAGAAGCGUGCGAAAAUCUGAAAUACUCAAAACCCACCCCAAUUCAGGCUGAAGCAAUUCCACCAGCGUUAGAAGGCAAGGAUAUUAUUGGGCUGGCACAGACUGGUUCAGGUAAGACUGCGGCAUUUGCUAUUCCUAUUCUUAACCAGCUAUGGCAUGACCAACAACCAUACUACGCUUGUGUUCUAGCGCCUACUAGAGAGCUAGCACAACAGAUUAAAGAGACUUUCGACUCUUUAGGUGGGGCAAUGGGUGUUAGAACAACCUGUAUUGUCGGAGGAAUGAACAUGAUUGACCAGGCUCGCGACUUGAUGCGUAAACCUCACAUCAUUAUCGCCACACCGGGCAGACUGAUGGACCAUUUGGAGAACACUAAGGGCUUUUCAAUGCGCAAGCUUAAAUUCCUUGUCAUGGACGAAGCUGAUAGACUUCUAGAUAUGGAAUUCGGCCCAGUGUUGGACAGAAUCCUCAAGAUCAUUCCAACGCAAGGCAGGACAACGUAUUUGUUCUCGGCUACAAUGACAUCAAAGAUUGAUAAGCUUCAAAGAGCUAGUUUAACUAACCCUGUUAAGUGCGCUGUGUCCACCAAAUACCAAACUGUCGACACUUUGAUCCAGACUCUCAUGGUGGUUCCAGGCGGGCUCAAAAACACAUUUCUCAUCUACCUCCUCAAUGAGUUCCUAGGAAAAACUGCCAUCGUGUUCACACGUACCAAGGCCAACGCAGAAAGAAUCGCCACCCUCUGUAAUUUGCUUGAGUUUAGCGCUACCGCUCUGCACGGUGAUCUUAACCAGAAUCAGAGAACCGGCGCACUGGAUCUUUUCAAGGCUGGACGGAGAUCUAUUUUAGUGGCUACUGAUGUGGCUGCUAGAGGAUUGGAUAUUCCUUCGGUGGAUAUUGUGAUCAACUACGAUAUUCCUGUGGACUCGAAAUCUUAUAUUCACCGUGUGGGAAGAACCGCUAGAGCGGGGCGCUCGGGUAAAUCCAUUUCCCUAGUUUCGCAAUACGACUUAGAAUUGAUCCUCAGAAUUGAAGAUGUUCUGGGCCGCAAAUUGCCGAAGGAGAAUGUGGACAAAGGAGUCAUUCUAUCGCUGCGAGACACAGUGGACAAAGCCAACGGUGAGGUUGUCAUGGAGCUGAAUAGGAGGAACAAAGAGAAAGUAGCGAGAGGCAAAGGAAGACGUUCCAGGAUGCACUCAAGAGAAAACAUGGACAAGGAAGAACAGUAA